CUGCCCGUGUGAUGCAUGUUUGGAAUUGUUGUGAUCGGAGGCCGCAGCCAUCUUGGAUGAGCGCCGCUCCGCACCGAGCAGCAGCUCCGAACAGUCGACGGUAACCGCCGAGCCAGCUAGCUAACGUUAGCCUCGCGACCAGAUUAACCGCAAUCUGUGCCGCCGUGCAACGCCACUAUGCUCCAAAUGCGUCGUUUAGUUCGGUCGGGCGACGCAUUAAGUGCGUAGAAAAAUGGACAGAGAGUGUUUCCAGCCUCCAUCGUUGUAAUUGCAAGAGGGCGGCGGCGUUGCAGAUCCUCGGUAUAUUUUUAAAUUUUCUGGAUAGAGGAGUUACUAUGAAUGGCGGAUAAAUGUUGCCGAAGGCUGACAGCAGCAGUUUCGUCCUCUUCUCUCUUCUCUUCGUCCUCACACUAACGGACCCACCACGGACAGGAAAAGGCAGGAGCGCCAGGUCCGGGGCAGAGGCCUGCCGGACCGGCCGCGGACUCCCGUGGUGCUUUAAACCGAGGCUCUGCCGCCUUUUUCAAUGCGCUAAGGCGCUCAGCGGUGUCCUGCCCUCCGGAAGUCUGACAAAAGCACCCAAACCCUCCUGUUGUGUUUCAGAGCAGCGCUGCAGCCCCGGGCAGUUCGCCUGCCGCAGCGGGAAGAUGCAGUGUAUCCCCAUGUCCUGGCAGUGUGACGGCUGGACGGCGUGCGAGGACAAGAGCGACGAGAUCGACUGUCCCCCUGCAAAGGAGGAGCGCUUUCACUUCGGGAAUGGAUAUGACCAGGGAGAGGACGUCAUCGGCGUGGCUCAGCCCGUGCGCUUCAACAAGAAAUGUCCCAGCGGGUGGCACCACUACGAGAAGACGGCCAGCUGCUACAAAGUGUACCUGAGGAACGAGAACUACUGGCAGGCCGUGGACACCUGUCAGAAGGUCAACGGCUCCCUGGCCACAUUCGUGACGAACGAGGAGCUGCAGUUCAUCCUGAAGAUCGAGGUGGAUUUUGACGAUGAUUUCUGCGAGCGCCGGGAUCAGUGCAAGUUCUGGGUGGGUUACCAGUAUGUGAUCACCAAUCAGAGCCACUCACUGGAGGGCCGCUGGGAGGUCGCCUACAAAGGCUCCAUGCAGGUGUUCCUGCCGCCCGAGGGCCUGACCAAGCUGGGAGAGACCUCCCCCGCACAGGACAACGUCUUCUGCGCCCAGCUGCAGCGCUUCCAGAUCAAGACCAUGAACGACCGCGGCCUGCACAGCUGGCACGCCGAGAACUGCUACAAGAAGUUCCCCUUCCUGUGCAAGAGGAGUACGCGCCCGCCGCCGCAGCGCCGCCGCGGCCCCGCCCGCCCGCCGGGGCGGGGCCUUGAUGUUGCCUUCCCCCCCACAGGGCAAACGUGCGUGGACAUAAAGGACAACGUGGUGAACGAGGGCUACUACUUCACCCCCAAGGGAGACGACCCGUGCCUGAGCUGCACCUGCCACGACGGCGAGCCGGAGAUGUGCGUGGCGGCGCUGUGCGAGCGCCCGCAGGGCUGCCAGCACUUCCGCAAGGACCCCAAAGAGUGCUGCAAGUUCACCUGCCUGGAUCCAGAUGGAAACAGCCUGUUCGACUCGAUGGCGAGCGGGAUGAGGCUGAUCGUCAGCUGCAUCUCCUCCUUCCUCAUCCUCUCCCUGCUGCUCUUCAUGGUGCACAGACUCCGCCAGAGAAGACGCGAACGCAUCGAAACGUGGAGUGAGGAAGAUGAAAACGGGCCGCUCCGUCUCACUCCCCCCCCCCUUGUGUUUCUCUGCCCAGUGCACCACUUCAACCUGGGCAGGCGAGUCCCGGGCUUCGACUACGGUCCCGAUGCUUUUGGAACUGGCCUCACUCCUCUGCAUCUGUCUGACGACGGCGAGGGAGGCGCUUUCCAUUUCCAGGAGCCCCCCCCGCCCUAUGCAGCCUACAAAUACCCCGACAUGCAGCAUCCGGAUGACCCCCCCCCUCCGUACGAGGCCUCCAUCAACCCGGACAGCCUCCUCUACGUGGACCUGGGUAGGCACUCGUCUCCCCUCCUGCUGUCCGAGUGUCAUCAGGUGCAAAGACACAGGGGUGUUUCCAUGGUACCGAGCCAGAUGAACGCCAUCGGAGACCGGCGGCAGCCCGAUAUCCCCCACGCCUCGGGCCCUAUGCCAGAUUCGGUGCCCCCCUCUCAGGGGAGGGAGGACUCCAUAGACAGCAGCACCCUCCUGGUGGGGCCCGACACGCCCACAGACGGCCACGCCCCCGUGCCCGCGGACUGCGCCCCCUCCCUCAGCACCGUGGUAUAGGGCCCCAAGCGGGCUGCGGGGGGCCGCCAGCGCCAUGGGACACAGCAGACUGCCGCCAAACGCUCGCCGUAGACAGGAGCGCUAGUUUGUACAGACCUGUUUACCGGCGGAGCAGCCACGCCCGUCCAGCCGUAGCCACCAGCCCCCCCCCCCUUCACAGUGUCCGGCAGAAAGGACGAACUCUCCGGCUCCUUCAGUGCCGACUGAACAAAGCUCCAACACGGCCUGACUGGCGAAGACUCCCUGUUGUAAAUAGCCCCUCAGGCCCAUGAGCCCCUCAGAGCCCCCCGGCUCAGUCCAGCGCCGGACGAGGGACCACAGUCCAGCCAGCUUUUGUCGCUCGUGCGCUUUGUUUUUUGGUUUGCGUCAUAUUUUGAUGCGCCUGAAUCGAUGUCCAGGCUGCAGCAGCGCACGCGUCCUGGAGCAGCAUGACCCAAAGUCCCAUUUCUAUCUGCUCACAGAAACCCCUCGGCCCCCAGCUUUUACGAUUCGACCCCGUCUUCCAGAUUUCUAGAGCAAGACGUUUUGUAGUAAAGAGGUCGAGGGCGACGGUGAGUUUUCCUGCUGUGGGGUUUUUAUUGGGCAGCGCUAACGAAGCUUUAGCUGUCAGAGAGCUUGUGAUAAAUAUGAGUUUAAAAUUUGAAAUCGUCUUCUGUUUGAUGAUAAUUUAUGACUACAGGUUGUUAUCUUGCUUGUUUGUGGGAUAGAUGUAGGCUGACCUCCCUGGUUUGAAAUGAAGAAUAGGGAGAACAUGUUCUGUCUUUAAAUGGAAAAAAAAGUUUUAAGAUAACUAUUCUAAUCAUUCAGUCAUCUAUAAUCACCUGAAUAAUGUCUUUGUUGUUACUUUAACAUCAGCAGGAUGUUUUGUUACUGAACUGUGUCAGCACUCAUCCUCCAUUAAACAUCACAAGCCAGAAAAAAAACCCAUCAUCCGCCAGAGGAGUCUGUGUGUUAGUUUUCCCCGCUUCUCAGCGGGAUCGCCAUCUAAAAAAACGACAGAACAAUGCAUUCAGAGAGGAGUUCUGAGUGAAUAUCCGGAAAAAGUCAGGCGACAAUCGUUGGACUCGCUGAGCUGUGGCUUUUCCUGCUCCACCAGCAUCGUCCACCAAAACCAGCCGCCAGCAUGUCCCACUGCACAUCUCAUGUUUGAAUGUACCGAAUGUAAAACACUUCUGUUCUGCUUAUGUUCAAGCUCAUUUCCCCUCUUUUGAAUGAAGUUGUUUUUUUAAUCUUUUUUUUCUUUAGUUUUUAUUUUGCAUCGACAAUCCACAGCGGAUUAUCCAGCAGGUGAAAUGUUUUUUUUUUCCACCAAUCGUUGAGGCGGUGCAUGUUUGUUUUAGAGAUGGUGUACUGGUUUGACGUUUGCUUUCUUUCUUUUUUUUUUUUGCACCGAGUUUGGCUUGAUUUCCUUCCACCUGCUUUAUGGAGCUUUGGUGCAUGUUUUUAAUCUUUUGGCAUGCUGAGAGAUUUUAGUUUUUCUUAUUUCUUUAAUGAAAACCUUUUUAGCUCAACAGUGUACAGUUUUUUUUUUGUUCCAGAGACUGCUGUCUGUAGUUGAGUGUCUCUGUACGCUUUGAAUAACCGCUCUCCACCUGAAACGGCUCCGUUUCCACAGGAGCUUCUGUGCCAGACUACGCUGGUGUGAGAUCAGACAUUUGAAGGGGUGUGUGUGUGGGGGGGGGGUUGUUUUAAAUGUAAUUCAACUAAAUGCUACAUUUAAUUGUCUUUUAUUUGAUAGCCUUUGAAUUAAAAAGGAAAAAAAUGCUUUACAGUCU